CGCAACCCCCUCGUACCCUGAGAGGGGGGGGGCUUCGGCUGGGCGCCUUUUGCCCGCAGAAUAAACCUCACCCCCCCCCCCCCAGUUACGUAGAAGUGGUGAGAAGGGGAGUGGGGUCAGCUGCCGGAGUGGAGAGUGUUGAUUGGUGCUGCUCGCUGCUCCUGACACGGUUGGAACCAUCUCCCCCUCUGCUGAGAACCUUCCCCUUCCCACUGGUCGCAGGCUGAGCCCGGGACCGCUCUGGGGAAUAUCCCCCCCCAGCAGGAGGAGAGCGGACGGGCAGCCCCCGGCAGUGACAGCAGCAAUGUGGAUGUGAGAGAGACGGGAGGGGGUGGGCGACCAUGGCGGGCGGGGUCUGAGCUGCUCGGGGCGGCGGAGAGCGGCGCUUCUGCCUUGGGGGAGGCGGAUCUCGGAGCCGGCGGCGUGAGGAAGCGAGGAGCGACCCGGUGCCGGGGACAUUUGAUUUUAAAGGCUUGCAAGGGGACAGGAACGAUGUCGGGCAACAGCACAGCCAGUAUAUCUCAAGCCAGGAAAGCGGUGGAACAGCUGAAGAUGGAAGCCUGUAUGGACAGAAUGAAGGUGUCAAAGGCAUCAGCUGACCUGAUGGCUUACUGCGAUGCUCACCUCAGGGACGACCCACUCAUCGCCCCACUGCCUGCCUCGGAGAACCCCUUCAGGGAGAAGAAGUUCUUCUGUGUCAUCCUCUGACAACGUGCAACAAAGUGGGCAGUGAGGUGGGAUAUACUAUGUCCAAACAGAAGACUAGUUGUUGGGAGUGUCACGUGCAUGCUGUAAUUAUUGCACCUAUUUUAGAGGAAUAACGGUUACUAAGUGUUUUACGUUGAUCAUAAUUUUGAUGGCACAGUGUUGUGUCAGUUACACGAUCACAAAAGGAUUUUUUUUAAAGAAUUUAGAUGACUUUUUCUAACUAGACCCUUGUGUUUUGUAUAUUAAAUAUAAAAUGUUAAAGCACAAUCUGUUGGUAACAGGAAAGAGUGGCUUUGGAGAGAAGAUGGGUAUAGCCAUUCUGUUCUUAAUGAUUGUACAUAGUGAAGAUGAACUGAAUUUACCCAAUCUCAACAGUAUUGAAGUUCCAUGUAAAGGGACAAAUAUUAAGAAGUGUUUACUGUGAAGCCAAACCAUGAUUCAGGAACAGAAAUAAUUUGUUUUUAUAGGAAAUUAUUUUUUGCUCUCCCAAUACAAAUCUAAUAUCCUGAUUUGAUCUGACAAUAGCUUUGAAUUGCCUCCUUAUCUAAAAACAUUGCCAAGUUUAAUACAUUAAUCGAUGUGUAUUUCAAAUAUGUCGGGUCUUGAAUCCACAUCCAAGAUCCCAGCUGUAUUUAACAUGGAACUUGCAGCACAGAAACAGUUGUACACUGGUAUUUAUGCUCCACGAGGUCCUCACACCUCUUCAUCCUGCCCUGUUAACAAAUCCUCCUAUUGCUAUUUUUCCUUCUGAGCACGUGCUGACAAAUUCCACAUUUCACAACUCCCUGAGUAAACUGGAGAAGAGGGAAUUCCCUAUUGAACUUGCUAGUCACUUUCUUGCAUUAAUAGCCCCUAUUUUUGGUCUCCACUGUAAAUGGAAACAUCUUCCACAUCCUGAAAGACCUUGUAUCAGGUCCUACUCUUUUUCCUCCAGAAAAGAACACAAUCCCUUCUUUGUCCUUAAAGAGACUGCAUAUUUGAAGGAUGAGAGCAAAUGCCUGAACCAAGGUACAAUCUUGGGAAAGGUUCCUUACAGAUGGGAUGUGGGCUCAAGAUGAGUGACGAGUUUGGGAUAUUCCAGGGUAGCAGAGUGUAGCAAAAUUUGCAGUCACCUAAAUUUCCCUCCUUUAUUUCAGAUAAGUGAUUUAUGAUGAUUUCUGCCUGUUUCUUUUUAAAGUAUGCUGUUGAAGGAUGUAGAGUGGGAGCCUUGUGAAGUGGGAAGUGAGGGAAGCUCAGGAAUGGUGAACUCAAUACUCAAUUACCACAGUUUUCAUCAAUCAUACAAUUUAUUUUCAGUAGUUAUUUAACAUGAAAUACAGCAAUGAGGAUUUAAUAUAAAUGAGUUAUUGUUGAUCAGUUCAUUAUGGAGCAAUUCGUCUUAGGAGGGAUGCUGUUAACUCAAGAUCACUCAAUUAUAUAGGUUUUCUAGACUGCUGAGUGAAGUGCAAAGAAUCAAAAAUGCAUUAAACAUAUUUCCAAAUAGAAUAUUCACUGGAUAUUUUUUAUUGUUGUGGAUGCUGCUGGUACCUGUAAUAUCCCCUGAACUAAUGAGGCAUUAAUCAUGUUGAUACAAUGGACAUUCAAGAGUGCAGCUUUGCAAAAUUUAAUUAAACACAUAAGAAAACAGCACUGAAGUAGGUUCUGGUCUUUACCACAACACAAGAAGGUCAUUUAUGUUUCCAAGGCUGAACAGAAGGAAGUUGCAUUCUUGAUGAGGAAGGCAAAGAACGAUGUUCAUUGAGGAAAAUAUCUGCCUUAUCACAUUCCCUAACUGGAGCUUGGAUGAGUUAGAACAGAUUAGGAUAAGUAACCAAAGGUUUUGUCAAACAAAUAGGUUUUAAAGUAAGUCAUGAAUGAAGAAAUAUGUUUAGACAGUUGAAGGAAUUCAGAAUUUAGAAUCUACAGGGCUCUGGAGAGCAGGGUUAGAACAAGAAGUUAUGAGGUAUGGCUUUAAACUGAAGAUAAUUAACAGCUGGAAUGGGUAAGAGUCAGGAUGCUGGUCAGAUGGAAACAAUGGGAUGCUUCAAAAGGAAUACAGACAGGCUGGUAUUCAGCAGACAGAAGUGUAAUAGCCCAUGAGACUGCCUUCAACUAAACUGAUCUUGUGAUGUUGGUUUCAUCUAAAAUGAAUAGGAAUACAUCAAACAUAUGAUAAUAGCCAAAAAUGUACAUCUUUCAGUUCAGCACAAUUGCACUGUAAAUCUGAAUGUCAAAUAUAAAUUGAUUAAAAAUUAAUUCCAGUGUUUAACUUUUGAUGUGGUGGGUAAUCGUAUCUCCAAGUUCAGCACACAGUAAGCCUCGCAUUACAGAAAAUCAAUCAACAUUGGCUUUCUCUCCCUUUGAUAUAUUUCCAUUUUAUUUUGCCUUGUUUCUUUCAACUCUUUUUAAAGGUUUUUGAAAAUCUGCUUGAAGGGGAAAUGUAGUUUGCCAAAGUUGUCACCUGUUCCCAUAAUCAUGGAGAGAGAUUCUCACAAUGCGUCAUUAUUUCUGGAUCAUAUCAUGUUACUUUGUUUUUCAUGUUCAAAACUAAAGGCAGACUUGGAACAAGCAUCUUGGUGCAAAGGUUUUUUUUCAAAUGAAAAACAAUGUCAGUAAAUGGUUGCCAACUUUCCAGGAUUGCCCUGGAGUCUCCAUGAGUGAAAGAUUAAUGCCUUCAACAGUGCCAGUGAGCAAUAUCCAGGAGAAAAGAGUUGCAGUCCAUUUGAAAGAAUCUAGUUUUUUUAUAUAAAGAAAAUUAUGGAAACACAUUAGUCUUUAAAGUAUUAGAAUGGGAGGGGGCUAGAUUGCUUGAAUAGGUAGGACAGAUGUAGGCAGAUAUACUCUGAAUUUUUUCAGGAAUAUGUCCAAUCAGAGUUGGUGAGCUCUGGUAACAAGGGUCUUGCAAUGUGUCAAUGUUGAUGUUUUGUUGAUGAUUGAGAGGAAAAACUAUUAUCCUAAUGUUGUUCUUUAAAUGUGCAACUACUUGUGGAAAGCAGCUUUAAGUAAUGACUUUCCAGAUGGGGAGGAUAUCCUGAAUUUGUUAUCUGCCACCCUGCAGCAAGGAUUCUUGAUCACAAAAUAUUUACAGAUAUGGAAGGCAAGUUGGUAUCUCACUGCUCCAUCUGAUUCAUCAAUAAAUGAUUCCAUUGGCUUUCUCUCUACCCAACAGUCCAUCCAAGUCCUAACCACUGCAUGCAGAAUAAUUUGCAGAGAUCGGUCCUAAAGUUGUUUUUAAUAAUUAGAACUGCCAUCCUAUUAUCCCACUUCAUCAGUUUCUGCUUUCCAUUCUCUUUAACGAUUGUGCAUUUCUAUAUAGACUCACCACUCUGGCACCUUUCUUCCAUGCUGAAUGAUACGCAUUUCUCUUGUGUUUACUUGUAUCUUGGAUGACGCCAGGGAUUAACGUUCUGGCCCUCCUCUGCACAGCUUACAGCCUUUGAAUUCAUUGACCAUGAACGUACUUGGUACCAAAAAUGUGGUCUGUUUAGGAGUACUCUACUCUUUCAGAAAUGAAGAUUCCAUGUGAAAUACUAAUCUACACCUAACUGGGUGAUUUAAAAAUCACAUGAAUAAGAAGUGACUGAGAUAAUCUUAAAAAACUUUGCAAAUUUCUCUUUUUAACAUGCUUUAAAACAAUGAUUGCUAAGUAAGUGAUAAAACAUUUUUAUCACAUUUCUAUUUCAUACUCCUGUGGUAUAUUCAAAACCCAAUUUUGAAAUCUGUUGGAUUUCAACACAAAAAUCUCAGGUUCAGUAUAUUUUUAAUGAUGUGUCAUUUCCAUCUUCUUUACAGGGAAUAUUACUCGUGGAAAGCACAUUUGUUUUCCUUUGCCUGUCUUCUCUCCCUAAAGAUGACACCCUCCUAGAGAUACAGUAGCUGUCUGGUACAUUGCUCCUUGUGACAAGCUGGUUAGUGAGUACCAACAAAAUAUUCAACCAAACUUACCCCUAAUCAUACACAACUUCCACAGAAGCGCAUACAUUCAGUAGGAGUAUGGCUGGAGGAGUUGUUGAUAAGAUCAAGGAAUGAUCACGAGAGAGAUCUUAGCUGAUUUUGCCCUAUGUAAGCCUCGAGCAUGGGAGAAUGAUUGGCAUUCCUACAGCUAUGCAGCAAGAAGACAUCAAACAUCAAUUAGUGUUUCUGACAGGUGAAUAUUUGUUUUGGGACUGGAAAAUUAGAGAAUGAAUUAGCAUCCUGUUUUUAUACUAUGACUAAUUUUCCUUUCCACUGGUUUCAGUGGCUGCCAAUUUGUUAUCUACUUUGCACUACUGCGCAAUAUCCAUUGUUUACUUGGUGUGACACUCUCCACAGUGACUUUCUUGGCAGUGAUAACGUAUAUAGCCUUCUGAAAUUGGACAUUGAAUAGAGUAGGUUUCAAUAUCCUUCCCAGUCCUACUGGUGGAAUCCAAAUGAUAAUCUCCGAACCAUUCAGCGAAGGCCCAAAAUUAGCUGCAGCUCUUCAGCUAAUUUACCAGCAGCCAUUUGGAGUUUACCACCUCAGUAGGUUGGAUGUCCACCACUGUUUUAAAUUAUUCUUUGAAUCAACAUUUGGGGACAACAGGCCUUAAGUGCAUCUCCUUUUGCAUCCUGUAAACUGGCACCUAAUUCUGCUCCCCCCAUCACCAGCACUCAUUGAGUGAUAAGUUGUUGCCUUGAACCGGUGGACUCCAUGUGGUAAAUGUAUGCCCAUGACAUUCAGGAGUUUCAUCCAGCAGCAAUAAAGGAAAGGAGAAUGUGCAUUCAGAGUUGGAAGGAGACUUGGAGAUCGCGUUUUCCAGCUGUUCACUGUUCUGGACAGUCUAGAUAGUGGAGGUAAGAAUUUUGGGAGGUACUGCCAAAGGAGCUGAUAGUACAUCACAUUUGAUAAAUAGGUCACAGUGCAGCAGAAAUAGAGGGAGCUGAUCUGGGGAGAGGACAGAAUAGAGUCCCUGCGGUUAAGGAAUCUGAGUGUGUAAUCCCAUGUCACAAAUGAAAUGUGGGUCUUUACAUGGGAAAUUCAAAAUUAAAUCACUUCCUAUGACAAAGUUAUGUAAUUUGCUGCAAGAGGAUAACCAGAAAAAAAAAUCUGGCAUGGGGUAAAACAAAUGUACCAUGAUUUGUGAUAGUGUUCAAAACCAUGAGAAAUGUGCUAAGUCUGCCACCCUUUGUUUAUUUUAAACUUUGUUAAGAACACUGAUAUAUUAAAGAACAUUUCAAAGGAUAAA